AUGGAGGACAGCGUGUACCGGACCCGCUCGCUGGGGGUGGCGGCCGAGGGGCUGCCCGACCAGUACGCCGACGGGGAGGCGGCGCGCGUGUGGCAGCUGUACAUCGGGGACACCAGCAGCCGCACGGCCGAGUACAAGGCCUGGCUGCUCGGGCUGCUGCGCCAGCACGGCUGCCGCCAGGUGCUCGACGUGGCCUGCGGCACCGGGGUGGACUCCAUCAUGCUGGUAGAGGAGGGUUUCAGUGUGACCAGCGUGGACGCGAGCGACAAGAUGCUGAAGUAUGCGCUGAAGGAGCGCUGGAAUCGACGCCAUGAGCCUGCCUUUGACAAGUGGGUCAUCGACGAAGCCAACUGGAUGACCCUUGACAAAGAUGUGUCCCGGCCUCCAGGGGGUGGUUUUGAUGCCGUUAUCUGCCUGGGAAACAGUUUUGCCCACUUGCCGGACAGCAAAGGGGACCAGAGCGAGCACCGGGUGGCCCUGAAGAACAUCGCGAGCAUGGUGCGGCCCGGGGGCGUGCUGGUCAUCGACCACCGCAACUACGACCACAUCCUCAGCACAGGCUGUGCGCCCCCCGGCAAGAACAUCUACUACAAGAGUGACUUGACCAAGGACAUCACCACGUCGGUGUUGACUGUGAACAACAAGGCGCACAUGGUCACCCUGGAUUAUACGGUGCAGGUGCCCGGAGCUGACCUGAGCAAGUUCCGGCUCUCCUACUACCCACACUGCCUGGCAUCCUUCUCGGAGCUGCUUCGUGCGGCCUUCGGGGGCAAGUGCCAGCACAGCGUCCUGGGUGACUUCAAGCCCUACAAGCCCGACCAGACCUACGUCCCCUGCUACUUCAUCCACGUGCUCAAAAGGACGGGCUGAGCGGGGCCUCAGGUGCUGUCCUGAGAGGCCGAAGACCUGCAGCCCUGCGUCAAGCUCUGUCACCCCUGGCCCAUCCUGGAGGCGUGGGGACAGCUGACAACCAAGGAGCGAAUGUUUAGAUUCCAGCCUCUGAAGGGUGACCAAUAUAUAAUAGCCUGCAC